CAGCAAGAGCUCACUCAGCUGUCCCCAGAAUCGAUUUCCUCGCUUGUCUCUCCAUCGGAUCCUGUGCGCAAUGUCGAUCCCACGAACGCAGAUUCGCAUCCGGCUAACAUCAUCAUACCUCGUCCGCCUGACGUCGGAAAUAACACUACGGUCAAGGACUGCAUUGUCUCGACCAUGAAGCAGGUGCGCAUGGUACACACCCACAUCGUUUACAAGGAUUGCUGA